AUGGCUCCCAAAAUAAGAAACGCUGUAGAUGAUACAGACUCUGGCUCUGAUUCUGAUAGUGGGUCUAGUGGGAGUCGUAGCAAAAGCCCUAGCCCGGCACCAUCUGGUAAAGAAGGUAGUAAAUCAAGGUCAGUGUCUCGCAGUCCACAGCGAUCAGGAAGUGAAUCUCCAAAGUCCAACAACUCUGUUCGCUCCAGAAAAUCUUCUAAUGCUUCCAAUGCUUCUCGCAGUAAAUCUAAUUCUCCAGCAGGUUCAAAUAGAUCUCGGUCAGGUUCUCCUCAGAGCAAUAAAUCUGGUUCUUCAAGCCCUAAAUCUCAAGCCUCAGGUAGCCCAAAAGAAAGAGCAUCUAAGUCACGGUCUAGAAGUGGCUCACGCAGGUCUAGAUCAGCAUCAGGCAGUGCAAGAUCUAGAUCCGGCAGUGCUAAUUCACAUUCUCCUAGCCCUAAAUCUGGGGCACAAAGCCCAAAAUCACGUUCACAGAGUCCCAAGUCCAGAUCACAAAGCCCAAAGUCGAGAUCACAAAGUCCUAAAUCUCGGUCACAGAGCCCAAAAACAAGAUCACAUUCAUCAAAAUCUGGAUCAAAUAGUCCAAAAUCGCAGAGCGCUAAAAGUCGCUCAAGAUCUGUUAGUGGUAGUCCAAAAAGUAGAAAGUCCAGAUCAAGAUCAGGAAGUGUGUCAUCUAGAUCCAAGAGUCCAGAAAAGGAGCAAGGUGGGGCAGAUAGUAGGUCGAACUCACCGAAUCUUAUGAUUGAUGAUGAGCAAGUUAAAGAAAAAUCCAGGAGUAGAUCUAGAUCGGGUUCAAGACAUUCGAGAUCGAGGUCUAAGAGCAAAUCGAAAUCUAAGAGUCGAUCCAGAUCACACUCGAAAAGCUCUAAUGCAUCUGAAGAAGAAGAUGGCGGUGGUAAAAAGAAACGCGCCGUUUUAUCUGAUUCUGAAAGUGACGCCGGUAGCCAAACUGUUUCAAAACGUAAAAAAGAAUCUGACAGCGGUUCUGAUACAAGCGGCAAACCCAAAAAGAAACUCAAGAAGGUUAUAGAUUCAGAUAACGAGAAUCAAGAGGAAGGGGAAGGAGACGCAGUGACAGCGGAUGCACUGUUCGGAGAUGCAUCAGAUAUUAGUACGGAAGAUGAAGGCGAAGGCAAAAAGUCAGGCAGAUCCAGAUCUGGAUCAAGGUCGAGAAGUCGUAGUGCAGCUAGGUCCGACGAUGAACGACGUUCUGGUGAUGAAGCGAGGGCUAGUGGUGACGAGGAAAACCGUGAAAAACCUGAAGAGGAAGAAGAGCAAGAGAUCCCUGAGACCCGUAUCGAUGUCGACAUGCCGAAGAUUUGGACAGAAUUGGGCAAAGAGCUACAUUUCGUUAAGUUGCCUAACUUCUUGUCAGUUGAAACUAGACCUUAUGAUCCCAAUACUUAUGAAGAUGAGAUUGAUGAGGAAGAAACUUUGGAUGAGGAAGGUCGAGCAAGAUUAAAGUUAAAAGUGGAGAAUACGAUACGGUGGCGCACCGUAUUCGACAAGGAAGGCAACGCACUAAAGGAGUCAAACGCACGCAUGGUUAAGUGGUCUGAUGGCAGUAUGUCGCUGCAUCUUGGGUCUGAGAUAUUCGACGUUUACAAACAACCGUUACAUGGAGACCACAAUCAUCUCUUCGUUCGGCAAGGAACAGGUCUGCAAGGGCAAGCUGUGUUCCGUACCAAGUUGUCCUUCCGACCACAUUCUACUGAAUCAUUCACACACAGAAAGAUGACUCUAUCGUUGGCAGACCGUUCCACCAAGACUUCAGCUAUUAAAAUCCUGUCGCAAGUGGGUGCUGAUCCUGAUGCCGAUAGAAAGUAUCAGUUGAAGAAAGAGGAGAUGGAGCUGCGGGCGGCGAUGCGGUCGCGAGCGUCAACGCGACGCGCUCGGCGCGGUGGAGGCGGAGGCGGCGCAGGGGGUGGCGGCGCGCGGGCAGCGGCGCGCGACGACUCCGAGGACGAGGGCGGCGUCUCCCUCGCCGCCAUCAAGAACAAGUACAAGGCCGGACAGAAAGCUACUGCUGGAGCGGCGAUAUAUUCGUCUGAAUCUGACGGCUCAGACGUGGAGACGCGUCGGGCACGAAGGCUGGACCGCGCGAAAGCGCUCAAAGAUUCCGACUCCGAGGGCAGCGAGGGCAAUGCGGGCUCGACGCAGCACAGCCAAAGCGGCAGUGCCUCGGGGAGCGGAAGUGAAUAG